AGUCAGUUGCUCUUAUGCUCGCCGGCCACGAACAGCGCGAUCGCGUUGCGCGCCGCUCGGCUCGAACCGCGUGACGCGAACGUCACGGACCGUGUCGGGAACGACGAGGAGAGAAAAGAGCGAAUUCCGGAGCGCGCGUGUGGUAAAAAAAAAAAACGAACGCGAUAAUUGCGAGUUUCCGCGAAGCUAAAAGUUUGUCGAAGAUCACGUGAGGAAGUUCGCGCUCGAAUCUGCGCGGCGAAAAAGUGACGGAGGAUCCUGCGACCACCGCGGAGCAUUGCCGCGAAGGAUCUACUUUUGGAGAACGAGUUUCGCAGUGCUAAAGUCAAAGGUGGACUUUGUGCCUGGUGCCGUCGAAGACGAAGUUCCUCGAUCGACGCAGUUUCCGAUACGAUCGUUGCCCGUUUCUUAUCGCUCGAUCGCUUCGCCGAUUGAAAGAAACCGCGGAAGGGGACUGAUUAUAUUAGCGUGUGUUGCAUUGCCUUGGGUGCAACCGGAUGCACGCGCGUCAUCGGUUCCCGUCGUGAGAUCGAGAGAGAAAAACAGCGCGAUUAUUUGCUUUUCCGCAGUUCCGUUAUUCGAUCGUGGGAGACAUCGCGAGGAAAAUCGGAGAAUACAACAUCGGGGAGAUAAAGAGCUCCAUGAGGCGAGCGCGUGGAAAACGGUCUCCCCGCGAUAACGAGAAAAAUUGAUAGCGGCGCGUUCGCGCGCGUGUGCUCGGACGAUGCGAAUGAUCUCACGCUGGAUUCCAUUGUUAUUCAAAUAAUUUGACAGCGGUAUUAGGAUCUACCUCGCGAGAGAUAACUGCGCAACGUGCGCUCUUCCAGGACGCCUGGGGUCUCCCCCGUCAUUUUUCACCGGAUAUUUAGCGGAAGUAGCCAAUCUGUGGUCCGCAACUCCGACGCACUUGCUGAUGCGAUCGCUCGGCACGUGACCUCCGCGGCACGUGACGUAACGACGACGGGCGUCGCGACGUGUCGUCGAAGGAUCCGCCGGGGGACCAUGCGGAGGCAUCGUCUCGAUUAGCGCGUCUCAUUCGCGGAUCGUCGAGAGGAUCGAGAGAGGAGCGAUGACCAUCGGCAGCUGAACCGGCCGACCCGGGGAAUCGCGCGGGAGCUGAUUCGUGCGCAAGAAUCUACGGGGGGGGAGGGGGUUAUUAUGUUAGGAACGGGAUUAUGUUUUCUGCUGAAGGUGUUGGUGCUGGCAGGAACGGCCGUUGCCGUCCUGCCGGAGGAUCUGGAGGACCGCGUCGUUCUUCCGCCGACCACCCUCCAGGAGAAAUGCGCCUACAAAUGCCCGGACCUAGACUUUACACAGAAUCGAACGGACGACCUGAGCUCGGAGGUAGGAUGCGGCGUGAGAUGCAAGAUCGAUCAGUGUACAAAAGGCUGUGAAGCAUGGGAACAGGCGCUCGACACAAGUUGCCAGGCUGUUUGCAAUGGAACGCAGGAAUUGUUACCGCCGAAAGAAUUGUACUGCGUUUUGGGCUGCCAUGACGCGUUAAAUCGUUACUUCCAGCAGCUCAAAGAGGAAAUCGGCACCCCACCGGCGCCGGCGUUAGUCGCGGACUCGUUGACGGCGACGUCGCUCAGCCUCGAAUGGAAAGGUGUAAACAGACGCGCUGGCAUUUCAUACUUGGUGCAAUGGAGGUACGAGGAAUUAGCCGAGACGUGGCAGUAUUGCCGGAAACAGUCGUGGGACGAAGGUGAUCAGAUAUUGGUCAAGCACCUGCAGCCGUACACCAAAUACAGGUUUCGCGUAGCGCUGCUUCUGAAAUCGUCGCAGCACAAUCCAGAACCGAUCGUCUCAGCGCCGAGCGUGGUAAUAUUAACGUACGCGGACGGUCUACCGACAUCAGCACCGGUAAUUGUAGGAGCGGCGACGGUAGACAGCUACCGCGUCUCUGUGUCUUGGAAACCGGGCCCAUUCACAAACGGCCCACUUUUGUCCUAUGUCCUGCGUCUGCGAGGGGCUAAACAGUCCCAGCUUAAGGAUAUUCCAGUAUCCGAGAAUACCGGUCACUAUAUGUUUCAAAACCUCCAACCUGAUCAAGAUUAUUCUAUCACCGUGACUAUGAGAAAUGGUGUCGGCGAGGGUCCGCCAACAAUUAUCCAUAUUUCUACCUAUCCCGAAGAAGCUACCGUCAAGGACACUCAACAACCGAUUCUCAUCCUCGGUGGUGAGCACGUGGUGAUGAGACAGGGCGCCGAUAUGUUGGACGAACCCAGUGUCAUUUACGAGACCGAGAGUGUGAUCCGCGGGGUUGCGAUACACGUGGCGUCCGCACAGUUAUUCGUUUCCACGUCGACGGGUUACGUGUACCGAACCUCGAUCAUCGAGCGAUCCACACCGAAAGUCAUUUUAAGCCCCGGCGGAGUGAACUUCAAACCUCUGAGCCUUUCCGUCGACUGGCUGAAUCUUCACCUGUACGUCUUAGGCGAAGUAAAACACGCGACGACCGUGUGGCAGAUAGCCAGAUGCAAUCUCGAUGGUAAAAGUUUGACAGUGGCCAUGGCUGGACUUUUAACGCGACCCUCGCAUAUCGAAGUCGAUCCUUACAACGGGUACCUCUUCUGGGUCACUAAAGUGGGAUUGUUCAGACUAGACUUGGCCGAUAUCAGCAACGGUGUGAAACACGAGGUUCAACCAUAUUUAAUUCUCGAAGAUGAUCACUUGGGUGCUUUUACAGUAGACCAUACGAACUUUCGAUUACUCGUGCCUGAUCACACUAAAAACACGAUGAUAUCCGUAUCAUUGGAUGGUCGCGAAGUUGUUAAUCUUCGCCCCAAUACGCAGAAGCCGAAAUUCAAUAAUGUUGUUUCCCUGGCUAUGGCAAAUGGACUGUUCUAUUGGACUAAUGGCGAAGAGGUCCUUACCGAAGGCUAUCAUGCUGGCCAAAACAGAUAUUUCCACAAUUCUUAUCCUGACAAAUCCGAUACCUCCUUUGUAAGCGUGACCGUAUUGAUGAAUGCAAGUCAGCCGGUUCCCGUCCCAGUGAAUCCACCCACAGGUGUGCAAGCUGUUCUCGGGGCGGAAAGGGCAAAGGUUUCCUGGCAAGCUCCUCAUUUACUGGGCGGCCAAGGAAAAGGCGCCUGGCAAAACUGGUCAUACGAGCUCGAAAUCAAGGACGAAUCUACCGGCGAAACUAUCCAUCAGAAAGGUAUCGCCGGAUCAUCUCACACUGUUCAUAAUUUGCGAGAAAGAUCGGAAUAUUCGAUCAAAGCCGCGGCUUAUACGAGCGCUGGCAGAGGACCGUGGUCUACGGAGUUCCGAGGGCGAACUUUAAGAAAUGGAUCACACGCAUCUAUCUUGUGGUCGUCGAACGAAGGAAUUUUGAGAAGCGACGUAACAGGCGAAAAUAUCGACACGCUCGUUAACAAGGCGACUCUGAAAGAUUCCGAGAAUGAAUUUUACAUUGUCGACGUUAGCUGGUACAAGGACGUGCUGUAUAUAGUGGGAAAUAAUUCCGCGCUGUAUCGUUAUAACGUCAGCAAUCAUCAGAAGACGAAGCUCAACAUACAUUCGGUGGGAAGCGUCGCCGUGGAUUGGAUAUCAAAAAAGUUAUAUUGGGCAAAUCCAAAACAGCAGAUUAUAACGAGAGCAAACUUGAAUGGAUCUCAGCAAGAGCCGAUGUCUAUCUUAGCAAUUGUAAAAGAGCUCAUGAUCGAUUCUCUCGAAGCGUACUUGUAUUGGUCCACUGGUCACGCCGUGGAAGUCGCGCGAUUGAAUGGACAAGACAGAAGAUAUUAUCAUUUAGACGAAAUUUUCAAUGGCAAGCAAGUGAUGGGAUUAACUCUCGACACCGAAAAUAGAUACGUCUAUUGGAUUGUUCGAAGCUACGAAAGCGGAUCUAUCGUCUAUCGUGCGCCUACGUCCGAGAGAAUUCCAAUGAGUCACAAAAUCAUUCCAGAGAAGGUUUCUACUUUGCAACAUCCAAAUAUACAAGGACCUCUGUGCUAUUUUUCCGAGCACCUGCUGUGGCUGCAGGACGACAGAAACGCGGUGAUCGGAGAUCUCUCCGGUCAGAACACCGCCGUGAUAAAUGGAAUCACUUUAUCCGGAUUGUACAUGGUGGCUGUUAUGGAUCCUGCGCUUCAUCAGUAUCCGAAGAAUCUGACGUCGGAAACCGUGAUGGUUCUACCGAAUGCGGUUGAUCUCGAUAGCAUAAGAGUCGAGGGGUCCUGGAGGAACUUCAACAUAUCGUGGGAUCCUGUGAAGAACAUCAACUACGGCACGGUCUUCUACGAAGUGAAAUUCGCGGAUUAUAUUAAUACGAAUUCAAACCCGGAAAUUACAAUUGAAACGACGAUGCCCUACAACAACUCGGAUCAGAUUCUGCCAUAUUCCGUCUUGGAAGUUACUGUGAAGGCAUUUACUUACUGGGAAACGGCGCAUCAUUCUCGGAAGAUCCUGAGAUCUCCACAGAGUGUGCCGAGCCAGCCAACAUCCCCUAGAGCAUUCGUGGAGUUUUACAAGAAAGUUCUGAGCAAAGAUGUUGACAUUUUUACGAUAUUUAGAUGGAAUCAACCCGAGUUUACAAACGGAGUAAUACGAAAAUACACGGUCCAGUGUUGGUUUAUCGAGAACCGGAAGAAGGUAUCAAUCUGCGACGACUACGACAUCCCGGCUAUGGUACUGGAAUUUACAGCGCACAAUCUAAAACCCAACACGACCUAUUACUUCAAAGUACGAGCGUGCACUGAGAUCGGUGCUGGUCCUUACACGGAUCCAAUCAGCGUGUCAACUGCGCACGAGAAUCCGGUGCCUGAAUUACUGGUCGCUACGGCGGAUGCUGUGAGGAUAUCGGAUCUGGACAAAGAAAUCAAUAACACACUUACCAGGCACACCGCGACAGAGGUCAAUUACUUGAUGGCGGAGAAUAAGAUUUACUGGAUCAGCGAGAUGCGGGAACUGGUGACGUCGGAAAUAAAUGGAGCCAACGCGACGAGAAUACUUGCUCUAAACAAUACCGCGCAUAGCCUUUGCAUCGACUGGGUAGCGAGAAAUCUGUACUGGGUGGAGCAUGAAUAUAGUAAAGACGAGCCGUGGAAAAUCAGCAGCAGCUAUAUCAUGAGAUUGGAUUUAACAAUGUGGCAGGCAGGCAUAGUUAAGCACAAAAAUAUCUUAAGGAGAAGAGGCCGUAUCCCGAUUUUAGAUAUGCUGCCGUCUCUAGGAUCUUUAUAUUGGAUUGAGACGAAUGAGGGAGGUACGAUAAUGCAGUCGGAUCUCGAAGGGAAAAACGUGCAAUACUUCUUCGGAAACAAUGGUAGCACAUGUACUUGUCCACAAAGACCACCACUAAUAUCCACCCUGACAAUCGACAAAACCAAUAUCCAGGAACCGAUGAUGUAUUGGGUAUCAUCGGACGGGCACUUAAACGUGGCUGAUAUUUACGGUUGCGCGUGCAACAUGGUAUUAAAGACGAGCUUCAAAGCAGCGACUCUCACGUUUCUCACGGUUGACAAAAUGAACAUUUACUGGUCCAACGAAACGAAGGACCAAAUCUAUUUUUUGAAAAAGAAUUUCUUCGUGGCAAACAAGGAAAACACGUCCAAGCCGGAGGUAAGAAGCCUCUACCUGCCUAACGUACGUCGGAUCAGAGCCCUCGGCAAAUCUCUGCAACCCUAUCCCACCGCGAAGUGCCUGAUACCUCGCCAAAUGAACUACAAUGUCGAGAGAGUGAGCGAAACGGUGAACAGCAUCGUCGUCAAUCUUCCCGAGCCGAGUUCUGAACGCGGAUGUCAAAAUUACAGUCUACCCACCACGCUGUACACCAUCCAUGUAUCCCACUGUUCGAAGAACGCUCCCGGCAAGUGCGAGGAGAUGAGAGUGCAGACACGUGAGAGAUGUCACGAGAUCCGGGAUUUAAAGCCAUUCACGGAAUACAAGCUGAAGCUGGCACUGAGCAAUUUCUAUACCGACCUGUUGUCGAUGAGGCCGGAAUUCGGCGCGGAUGUAGUGCUGAAGACCAGCGCGGGGAACCCCAGCAUGCCGGAGAACGUUACGGUUCAGGCCCUGACGCCGACAUUAGCAGCGGUCUACUGGAUGCCACCCAAGAUACUGAACUCCGCCGUGGUGCAUUACGAGGUGCAUUGGAGUUUGACUUCCUUGCAGAACGAGCGGCAGAAAGCCUGGUCAGAACUGGUCAAAAACCCUGAGCGUGCGGCAGACGGCAGAUUUUUCACUACGCUGCAGCAGUUGCUGCCGGGGCAGGAUUACCGGGUGUACGUACGCGUGUAUCCCGCUAAUUACAGCGACUUCUACAACGAGAGCCUCAGCCAGGUCAUCCGCAUGUACUCGGAGCCGAACAAUUUGACGGUGGCCGAUGUCAGCGUGAACAGCAUGAACAUCUCUUGGACCCUGAGCGUCAAUCUGACGGUCGGUUACGUAUUGGAGUACAAGGACGUUGCAGUGAAGGAGUGGCAAAUCGCGCGACACGUUGAGGUGAACAAGGACCAAGUGAUGUAUCACAUAGAAGAUUUGCAGCCGCGCACCUUGUACAAGUUCCGCUUGAAGCUGAAAUACCCCACGUAUAAGAAGGACAUUGUAUGGCCGGACGAUGGGAGGUUUACAUUUCAAACGCUCGGUGACGUCCCGAGUGCUCCAGGGGUGCCUGUGGUAACGAAAUUCCGGAAUUCUGUAUAUCAAUUAAAUUGGGAACCCGCGCAAGCUCACGGCUCGCAAGUCACUUGGUAUCGACUGGAAGGCUUGGUCGUCAAUGACAGCAACCAAGACGACGAGAGUAGCGAAAACGAGCACUGGAAUUUAUAUUAUAACGGAACGGACAAUUACUGGAUAAUUCCCGGGGAUGUGGAUCAGAAGUAUCAAUUUCGCGUGCAGGCCAAAAAUGCCUACGGUUUCGGCGCUUGGAGCAGACCGAGCGCGGUCGUUGAUCUAACGGAGUCCGCCGGAGGAAUAUUGGCUACGCAACAGCAUCUACCGCUGAUGUUGGGCCUCAUCGCGAUCGUUACUACCAUAAUGUUGGUGUGCUUUUGUUAUUUUUUCUGGCCAGUAUAUCGACAACGGAAAGAGGACAAGAAGACAGUUUUGCCUCCGAUUGUGUCCGAUGUCGAAUUAGCGACCCUCCGCGAGAUCCCUCGCGGGAACUUCGUUCAAUCUAACGCGCUUUACGCUUCUACGCUGCAAAAUGAUCCGGAUGACUCUGCCCUGCCCAAAAUCAGACAAGAGCAAAUUAAGCUGACAAAGUUCCUAGGCAGUGGCGCAUUCGGAAAGGUAUAUCAGGGAAAUGCUAAGGAUUUAGAAGGACCAGGCAUAACGCCCGUCGCCAUAAAGAUGCUACGAAAGGACGCGUCUUCGCAAGAGAAGACGGAAUUCCUGCAAGAGGCUAGACUCAUGAGCCACUUUCGCCACAAACACGUGCUGAGGUUGCUGGGCGUUUGCUUAGAUACGGAUCCUCCGUUACUCGUGUUGGAAUUAAUGGAGGUCGGUGACCUGUUGAGCUAUUUGAGGGAGAGUCGGUCCCUGCAACCCACGGACCCGCACGCUCUGCGUCUGCAGGACCUGCUCGCCAUGUGCGAGGACGUCGCGCGAGGCUGUCGCUACCUGGAGGAGCUGCAUUUCGUGCACAGAGAUCUCGCGUGUCGAAAUUGUCUGGUGUCUGCGAGGGAUCGCGAGAACCGCGUCGUGAAAAUCGGCGACUUCGGACUAGCCAGAGAUAUUUACAAGAAUGACUAUUACCGCAAGGAAGGAGAAGGUCUGCUGCCUGUUCGCUGGAUGGCACCGGAAUCCUUGGUGGACGGGGUAUUCACUUCACAGAGCGACGUUUGGGCGUUCGGGGUGUUAAUGUGGGAAAUUACGUCGUUAGGCCAGCAACCCUAUCCUGCCAGAACUAAUCUCGAGGUGUUGCAUUACGUGCGUGCGGGCGGCAGACCGCCGAAACCCCUCAAUUGCCCACCGACGUUACACCAGCUGAUGCUGCGCUGCUGGAGCGCAGCGGACGCCAGACCGAGCUUCAAAAUUUGUCUCGAGAGCAUCGUCGUCCUAAGGGGUCACAUAGAAGACGCGGUGCUGAGCCCGGUGCACGCUGGGCACUAUCUGGCACGCAGAGGAAACUCCUGGAAGUCCAGUAGCUCUGAGGGAAGCCGAGACAUGCAACCCUUCCUGCAGAACUCGAACAACGCCACGCUCGGCCCACAAUCCGACGAGGCUCCGAAGUAUCUAGAAUUAUUAGCAGAUAAUGAAGAUAUCAUUCUAAGGGAGAACCCUACGAACGGUUACGAAAUACCUCGCUCGAUCCACAUCUCGGAUCAGAAUCUAGCGAAUAUAAGCAGAAUCAGUUGCAUGAGUCACGAUCGUAAGAGCAGCCUGCCUACGGACACCACAGAGGAGCGCAAGGAACAUUCGACGGAUGAACGGAAGCAGUCUGACAGAAAGCUGUACAAGAGAUCGUCGAUCACAAGUUUAAACUUACCGGAUAGAAAAGGCACGUCGAUUUCGGUAAUGUCAGAAAAAUGCAACACCUUGGACAGCUCGAAAUCGAUCAACUCAGUUGCAAAGGCGACCCUGAAGAGGGAUUCUUUCUCGUCCUUGAACGGCCAACGGAAGUACAAGACCAGCUUGAGCGAACGGAGGGACUCCGAGGCGAGUAUCGAGGAUAAAAGCUGUAGCUCGCACAGCCUCGCGCCUUCCACGCGUCCCAGUUCGUCUCUGAUCAAUUCGCAGACGGUCCUACCGUGCCUGAAGAGCAACGUCGUUGUCUCAAACGCCGUGAACGGGGAAGUGCCUUCGAGCGAGAACGCGGUGAUGAAGAGCACGUUGCCGAAGAUCCAGAGGACUCAUUCAAACUUGCAGAACGGCAAGGCGAACAUACCGCUCGUGAUAAACAGCGCGUUGCUGAAUCUAUUGCGGCAGACGCCCAUUGAAGACGGCAGCAAUAUCGUCACGUAUACGAAUAUAAAUGCGGAUGCUGUAAGAGUGAAUGGAUCGUGAGUCGCCGAUCGUGACAAAUCUAAAGAUUCGUACGAACGCUUCGUAUAAAAAUAGGCGAGACUUAUACAAAUUACUUCGGAGCUUGAAUGAGCUCGAUGUAAAAAAUUGAGACAAUUAAAUAUUUCAAUAUUUAUGAAAUAUGAUAAUAGAUUUCUACAUCACACAUACUAAUUUUGAUGCAAUUUUUUUCAAGUGGUUCCUGUAGCAAAUCUAUUCUUCUCCAGGAACUAUUUCAGUCGAAUUUGCCUUAUAGCUAAUAAAAAAUUACUCGAGACAGUCGCUACGAUCUUGCUCAAUUUGUUUUUUGUUUGUAUUUUUUUUUAAAUCCUAACGCGGUGCCUUAAACAUAUCAAACUACGUACGCUCAUACAUUAAGCUCUGCUUACUACCAUUAAUGUCCAAGUAUUUUAUAUGUGAAGAAGAUAAAGAGGAAUGCGUGUAGCGGAGUUAAGAAUAGCUUUAAACUGCCAUUUUAAAUGUACAUACAUGAACUUUUAUACUCGAAAAUUUGUCACGCAGAUAUGGCAGACCGUUUCGGAACGUACCUAAAUUUUGUGACUUUAGUAAUAAUCGCGAACUGUUAUUUAAUGUAGAAAUAAUACGUUGGUAAAGAAUGAUAAAUGUGAAAUAUAUAUAUAUAUAUAUAUAUAUAUAUAGUUUAACUUUAUAAUUACAAUUUUACAUAACAUAUUUAUUGAAUAAAAUCUGUGAAAUUGUUCACUGUUCAUUGUACAAAUUUCAUGCUUGACGAUAAUUAGUAAAUAUGAAAAUUAAUAAUAAUAAGAAAUUGUUAAGUUUUCUGCGUAGCUUUAACAAUACGAAAAUGUAUAUGUAAUUUUAUUGAAAAGAUAAAU